AGGGUUGAUGCUUGAAACACUAUCUAAAUAACGUUAGAUAAGUUUUGCAGAAGGAAUCAUUUGUUCUCCAGUCAGUCUGUGUAAAGUUGUUCAUCAUUUUUGUUCGUAUUUUGAAGUAUAUAUUUACCGACAUGAAUCCCAAUCACUUAACAUUUAUCCCAUCGAUGACCAGCAAAACACUUUCGUUUUUUUGCCGGUUACAUGCACCGAAAGGAGUGGGACUACACUGUCUACAGCUACAGGCACAGCCACAGUUGAAGCUGCCGCAACAUCACUGUCGUUUGGCGUCGACAUCAUCAAUCAGCGUCAACGCGAUAGACCAUCAUCGAUAUUUCAACGAGGUCUCCAAUUCUCGCAAACCAUCUCCAAUUCGUAAACUUUCUGAAUUGUUGAUGACGGGGCCUCCUACCUUGAUCUCGCUUGCAGCAGGUAUACCUAACGUGGACAUGUUUCCCUUUGAGAAGUCAAGCAUUACACUUAAGGAUGGUACUGAACUUCAAAUGUCAUCUGAAGAAAUGAAAGUAGCACAACAGUAUGGUGUCACUUCAGGCUAUGGUGACCUCCGUGACUGGCUGAUGGCCCUCCAAGUUAAAAUGCACAAUCCUCCAACACAAAGUAGAACAGAUGGCAGUAAACUUGAAAUGGCUAUUACAGCAGGAAGCCAACAUGGGCUCUGUAUGGCAUGUGAAGCACUUAUAUCAAGAGGGGAUAAGGUGUUGGCUGGUGUACCUUUGUAUUCUGGUGCUAUAGCAAUGAUGGAACCACUUGGGGCAGACAUUAUCCCUGUUAAUGUAGACGGUGAAGGUUUGAAUCCAGAUCAUCUAGAACAGCUUCUAUCAAGAUGGGAUCCAGAAGAUAGCAAGAAAGAGGGGUCCGAUAUACCAAGGGUGCUUUAUUUGGUUCCUAAUGGAGACAAUCCCACUGGUAGCUGUGUCACACUGGAAAGGAGAAAAAGAAUUUAUGAGCUGGCCAGAAAGUAUGAUCUACUAAUCCUUGAAGAUGAUGCCUACUAUUUCUUGCAAUUUGGGGAGGAGAGGAGUCCAAGUUUUCUUUCCAUGGACGAUGACGGGAGGGUUCUAAGAUUUGAUUCUUUUGCCAAAAUCAUUUCUGCAGGUCUUCGUGUAGGUGUAUGUACUGGUCCUCAGGCGAUAGUAACACGUAUCAUCAUGCAUAUGCAGGCUUCUGUCCUUCAUACUAGUGUACUUACUCAACUCACCUUGUAUAAGUUAUUGAAUCACUGGGGUAUUGAUGGACUAUUAAGCCAUGUAGGGAAAGUAGUAGCCUUCUACAAAGAGAGAAGAGAUAUCCUACUUGCAGCAAUGGACAAGCACUUGAAAGGUCUUGCCAAGUGGAAUGUUCCGAAUGGGGGGAUGUUUGUUUGGAUGGAACUGAUUGGUGUCAAUGAUUCCUAUGACCUCAUCUCUAAGAAAGCCAUGGAGAAAGAAGUCUUGUUUGUCCCUGGUAUAGCCUUCUAUCCUGAUAAGACCAAACCAUCUCCAUUCAUCAGGGCAUGUUUCUCUGUCUGUUCUGAUGAUAACAUGGAAGAGGGUAUACGACGACUAGCUGAGUUGCUUAAAGAUGAGCAGAAGACAAAGUAGGAUGUCAGGAUCUUUUCAUCUAAAUAAUAAAAGCUGCCAAUGUUUGAUAACACUAUCAUAUUCUUGUACAUGUUGCUUUUCUAGUCCCCCCCACCUUCAACAUUUUAAAAAAUAAAUCUUUGAUGUGAAAAAUAUCAUGUCACGAUAUUUCAUUAUUUUUUUUCUGUUCAAGUCUCGCACAAUUUUUAAGAUCAAAUUCGCGAUGUCUGGGUAUGUGAUUCAGAAGUCAGAUCCCAAAUUGCUAAAAAAUGUGAUUUGUUGUACAAAUCCAUUGCAAAUUGUUUAUGUAGCCAAAGUUCAUAGAUCCAUCAUUAUUUUUACUUUUUACUAAUUGUAAUUUAUUUCAUGUUAUGUACCACUGAAAUGGUGUUGCUAACAAUAUCCGUUAAAAACACAAAAAAAACUAAGCAAAAUAACAAAGAAAUAUAUAAGAAAUUGAACAAAUUCUAAAAUACCUAAGAAAAAAAAAGAACAACUUUAUUUCAAUAUAUAUUUACUAAGUAUCCUACAAAGUGUGUCCAGACCAAAAUUGAUCAGUUUUGGAGCUAUAUUGAAAGAUUUAAGGCCAAAUUAUGAUUUAUGCUCUGAUUAGGAUGAUUGAUAAAACAUAAAUUUGAAUGAUUUGGUACUAUUAAUUAUCCAAUAUUGGAAAUUACAUCAUGGGUGAUAUACUUGCCAAUUUUUGUCUCAAUCAUGCGAUCAGAGAGAGGUGGUAACCCACUUGGUUCCUAUUUUGAUUAGAACCGUGUAAGUGUUGUGGUGUAGCGGUUCUGACUCUCGCCUCUUAAUCAGAGGGUUGUGUGUUUGAAUCUCACCACAGCUAUAUGGCAAAGUCCAGAUUUGACUUUGACAUAUGGAAGCUCUCUUUCCCAAUGCUAACAUAGAGGGCCGCCUGACUACCAAUCACUAACCCAGUGCCAAUCCCCACUCAAAGGGAGUGGAGAAAGGGCAUGCUAUGUUCGCGGGUAAGCUAUACGCUCCGAUUGCCAGAUGAUAUCUGUAAACCAGAGACGUACCGAUAUAUUAAGCACUAUAUAAAGUGGAAUAUCAUUUUUCAUUUACUUAUUGAAUCAACAAAAUCAUGGUAUGUAUAUACAAACAGUAAUGAGUGAUUAAAACAAUUAGAGACAAAAUCAAACAUAAAUCAAAAGAAAAAGAAAACACCUUGUGUAAUUUCAUAACAUUCGUAUACAUGCAGCUAACCCGUUCUGAUGGAGGAAAAUUAUUUUCUUUCUCUUGUCUUGCUCACCAGAUCAUGUUUAUAUAGAACUUUCAUUGUUAUUAGUAGUAGUAUGAAAAUGCUUUCAACUAUGAAGUAUUCAGAAAUAUCAGGCACGUUUACAUACAUAUAUCUGACAACAUGCUUAAUUUGUUUAGAUUAUUCAUUUCAUCAUGAGUGUAAUGUAUAGUUGGAUUGUUAAUAACCCUAAAAGGACUGGGCUAUUUGAGAUCUAUCGAGGACUGGGGGGGGGGGGGAUCAUGCCCCCCAGUCCUUUUAGAGUUAAUGUUGAUUGUGUAAAUUUUGAAUAUUGAAUAAUCAUUCUGACAAAAUCAUGUUUUCCUUGUUACACGCACAAUAUCGUAUUGCUAUCUCUUUAUUAAGUCAAACAUUUGGUUCUUUUCCCUCCUAUUUUGUGUGUUAAAUUAGAAAUUUUGUAUCAAAAUAAAUACUUUGUAAAGUUGCAAAUGAUAUUACAAUCGACUGGAGUAUGGAAAGCCAAAAUGGGGUUCUGAAUCACUAAUUUUCAUUAGCUUUUAGUUAGACUAUACAGAUAUUGGUUGUCAUUCUUACUUGAAAUGCACAUUGUAUCAAGUUAUGGAAUCAUUUGAAAUAUAUAUACACUAGUUGUCAAUGAGGACAAAAAUUGAAAAAUAUUGAAGGUCAAAUUUUGACAUGGUUCCCUGUUUUUAUCAUAAAACAAAAGUAUUCCGAAUGUUAUUUGUAUAUUAUUUAUUUACUGGAUCAUUAGUUAUCAUGAAUGA